AUGGUGUGUUGGGGAGCCAUGUUUGUGUUGCCACUCAUCAUCAUGUUGUUGGUAAUCAUGUCCUUCACGCUGCAGCCCCAUCAGCCCAUCGGCCCAUCAGCCUCUCCCCGGCCGCGCUGUUCCCAGAUGGAUUCACGUGCGCCCCGCUCAGACAUGCUGUCGCCAGCCCCAGUUGCAUCCCGCGGCUUGAUACUGGCUCUGGCGGAGUGUGAAGCGGUCCGCGACUCAGUGACGCCAGGCAGAGCGCACAGGACAACGCACAGCAACAGCGGCGCUCAAAAGAAUUACAAUUGUAAGCUUCAUCCAUCCAAGUCCAUCGUACGAGCCUGGACUGCGCACCUCCAAGCCGGGACGAGCAGAGGGGAGGUUGACUGCACUACCAUGAACGUCACCUCGCUGUUUUCCUUCACCAGCCCGGCAGUCAAGCGGCUGCUUGGCUGGAAGCAGGGGGACGAGGAGGAGAAAUGGGCAGAGAAGGCAGUGGAUGCCUUGGUGAAGAAGCUCAAGAAGAAGAAGGGAGCCAUGGAGGAGCUGGAGAGGGCCCUGAGCUGCCCGGGACAGCCCAGCAACUGCGUGACCAUUCCACGCUCGCUGGACGGAAGGCUGCAGGUGUCGCACAGGAAGGGGCUGCCCCACGUGAUCUACUGCCGUGUGUGGCGCUGGCCCGACCUGCAGUCCCACCACGAGCUCAAGGCCCUGGAGUGCUGCGAGUACCCUUUCGGAUCCAAGCAGAAGGACGUGUGCAUCAAUCCGUACCAUUACAAGAGAGUGGACAGCCCAGUGCUGCCCCCGGUGUUGGUGCCGCGUAACAGCGAGUUCAACGCCAAGCACACCAUGCUGCCCCGCUUCCGCAACCCUCUUCAGCAAAACGAGCCGCACAUGCCGCAGAACGCCACUUUCCCAGAAUCCUUUGCUCAGACCAACCCGCUGCCGUUUCCCCAGUCGCCCGGCAACAGCUUCCCAAACUCACCGGGGAGCGGCAGCAGCAGCAACACCUUCCCUCACUCACCGUCCAGCUCAGACCCGGGAAGCCCAUUCCAGAUGCCAGAGACCCCCCCUCCUGCCUACAUGCCCCCUGAGGAGCAGAUGACUCAGGAUUGCCCCCAGCCCAUGGACACAACCCUCCUGGUCCCUGCUUUGCCUCUGGAGACGAGCAACCGCACUACAGAUGUGCAGCCCGUGGCCUACGAAGAGCCCAAGCACUGGUGUUCCAUAGUCUACUACGAGCUCAACAACCGAGUGGGCGAGGCGUUCCAGGCGUCCUCCACCAGCGUGCUCGUCGACGGCUUCACGGACCCCUCCAAUAACCGCAACCGAUUCUGCCUGGGCCUCCUGUCCAACGUCAACCGCAACUCCACCAUCGAGAACACCCGCAGGCACAUCGGGAAAGGCGUGCAUCUAUACUAUGUGGGAGGGGAGGUGUACGCAGAGUGCCUGAGUGACAGCAGUAUCUUCGUCCAGAGCCGUAACUGUAACUACCACCACGGCUUCCACCCCACCACCGUGUGCAAGAUCCCCAGCCGCUGCAGCCUCAAGAUCUUCAACAACCAGGAGUUCGCCGAGCUGCUCGCCCAGUCCGUCAACCACGGCUUUGAGGCGGUGUACGAGCUCACCAAGAUGUGCACAAUUCGCAUGAGCUUUGUAAAGGGCUGGGGAGCAGAAUACCACCGCCAGGACGUGACCAGCACCCCCUGCUGGAUUGAGAUCCACCUCCACGGUCCUCUGCAGUGGCUGGAUAAGGUUCUAACGCAGAUGGGAUCCCCUCACAACCCCAUCUCCUCCCUGAACCGAGAUGCCUCCCAUGUGCAUCACAAUGAGAAGAUAUAG